AUGAGCCCCUCGGCGAACGGCACCGCCGGCCUCAAGCCCAAUGUCGGCGUCUACACGAACCCCAAGCACAACCUCUGGCUCGCCGAGGCCGGACCCAGCGUCGAGAGCGUCCAGACCGGCGCUGACCUCAAAGAGGGCGAGGUCACCAUUGCCAUUCGCAGCACUGGUAUUUGCGGAUCCGACGUCCACUUUUGGCACGCCGGCUGCAUCGGCCCCAUGAUUGUCACCGACGACCACAUCCUCGGCCACGAGUCGGCCGGCGAGAUCAUUGCCGCGCACCCCUCGGUCACGUCGCUCGCCGUCGGGGACCGCGUCGCCAUCGAGCCCAACGUCAUCUGCAACGCCUGCGAGCCGUGCCUGACCGGCCGCUACAACGGCUGCGAGCGCGUCGCCUUCCUGUCCACGCCGCCCGUCGACGGCCUGCUGCGCCGCUACGUCAACCACCCGGCCGUCUGGUGCCACAAGAUCGGCGACAUGUCCUACGAGGACGGCGCCAUGCUCGAGCCCCUCAGCGUGUCGCUCGCCGCGAUCCAGCGCGCCAACCCGAACCUCGGCGACCCCGUGCUCGUCUGCGGCGCGGGGCCCAUCGGCCUCAUCACCAUGCUGUGCUGCGCGGCGGCCGGCGCCUGCCCGCUCGUCAUCACCGACAUCUCCGAGAGCCGGCUGGCCUUUGCCAAGGAGAUAUGCCCGCGCGUCAUCACGCACAAGGUCGAGAUGGGCCUCUCGGCGGAAGAGGCGAGCCAAAAGAUUGUCGAGUCGUUUGGCGGCGUCGAGCCCGCGCUGACCAUGGAGUGCACCGGCGUUGAGAGCAGCAUCGCCGCCGCCAUCUGGGCGACCAAGUUUGGCGGCAAGGUCUUCAUCAUUGGCGUCGGCAAGAACGAGAUUGCCAUUCCGUUCAUGCGCGCCUCGGUCCGCGAGGUCGACGUCCAGCUACAGUACCGGUACAGCAACACCUGGCCGCGCGCCAUCCGUCUGCUCCAGAGCGGCGUCAUCGACCUCUCCAGGCUCGUCACCCACCGCUUCCGGCUCGAGGAUGCCAUCAAGGCGUUUGAGACGUCGGCGGACCCCAAGAGCGGCGCCAUCAAGGUGCAGAUUCAGAGCCUUGACUAG